AUGUCUAUAAAUUCGUGUCUAAGUUUCUUCCAUGGACGGCGAAGAAAUUGCAGUCUGGAGUACGAAUUGGCCGAGAAAUUCAUUGGAGAAUACUCCUUUCACACUGUAGGUGAUCGGGGGGUUGUAUUGGUAAAAUACGAUGAGUUUCUGUCUGUAUGCAAUAAUAUUUUUUGAUCGUUGUGCCAGUAUGACGUUUAAGAACUGGGAUUGUUGACGUACACUCGAUACAGUGGGGGACCUGAUCCAGUGGCAAAAAACGUACCAUUUUGCAUCUGGGAAGUAUCAAAAAUGUGGCAAAAUGCUUCCCUCUCCAGGCCGAUUGCAAAAUGUGCGCCCGCUCUUUUUGUGAAGGAAAGGGCGCGUCCUUCAAAACGAAGUUUUUUCACUCGGAGAGGGAAGCAUUUUACCGCAUUUUUGAUGCUUCCCAGAUGCAAAAUGAUACGUUUUUUGCCACUGAAUUAGGUCCCUCAACGUACUGAAAGCUUUACUCUGUCGAAUGAAGAGAAUUUUCUAUCCGAAAGGGCUCCAAAUUUUGAGCUAUGACCUUAAUUUAGACUAACAUGUCAUCAAAAAUAAGGUUUUUGCCACAAGUAGUUUAUUUUUGAUAAUUUUGAAGCAAAAUUAUCCCCCAAACCUCGCUAAAUUUUCUGUUCUCCCUUUUUCACUUCUCUCCAACCUUUACAACACCGAAAUGACCAUUAACUUUACAAAAAAAAAACACGAAAAAGCUUGAAAAUGAUCCGUAAAAACACUGGGCAGGUGGGUUCACAAAACCCCCUCGCUUUUUUGCAUGUAAUCUCCCCUCCACUAGAAGAUCGAGGUGCCCUUUGAUCCAAUCGAGCCCCCUUCUCCCCUCUCUUUUUUUGCCAUCUCUUGAGAAAAGGGGCCCGAAAAAUGGACAUUUGGCGCGGGGUUACAGGGCUCCGGAAAAUUUAUAUUCUAAAUUAUAUUUUUGGGUCCCGAGAUGUUUUCGGAUUGUAUUCGAGGACGAAAUUUUAUUUUUGGUCCGGUUUUGGGGGGAAGUUUAGGGAUUUUGGAGAUUUUUAAAAAAUUUUUUGACCAAACAUGUGUGUAAAGUGACCUUAAUUUUGUUCAAAGUAGAAGGUAAAUUAAUUUAAAACAAAAAUUGUUUUUGUUUUGAUCAAAUUAAGCAAUUUUUUGACUAAAAUAAUGCAGAAAAUCCGAAAAUUUAUGUAAAUUUUGGAUUUUCUAUUUUUAUUAGUCUCCGCUUGCCCUAAUUUUGAAUUUGCCAAAUACCAGAGGGAGUAACACACCUUGCACUGCCUUUUUCCCUCCUCGACUGCAGUGUUUAUAAUCCGAUUUUGGCGCUCUUUCAUCACCUUUCCUCUCCACUGCUUUGCAUAGCCAUCGUUCUCAUAGCGAGUGAUAAAUGCGAACGACCCGAAAGAAGUUGGGCGGCGAUUGCUUUCACUCCUCAUCGAAUGUUGAGCAUGUUUUUCAAGGUGAUUCAUUUCACCCUCGUCCGACUUUUUUUAUUUGUUUUCUCCCAGGUUCUUGACAAGCUUUUUGUGGCCACUCCGAUUAGAAAAACGUGUAUUUGAUACUCUCUCCGGGCUGGAAGAUCUCUUGCUCAUCCAGAUGUUGCAUUUUAGAAGGGGUUUUAGCCUAAUCUUUAGUGUUAUAGAGGGAUAUUGACCUUGCACUAGAUUCAGUUGACAAAAGCCUAUAUAAUGGUCAUUGUGGGACGAAAAAAUGUUUUAUAUCAAAUUUUCUUAUUCAUAAUGGUACUUUUGACGCUCUCUGGCAAUAGAUAUUUUCAUUUUGAGGCAAUUCCAUGACAUUAUUUGGUUACCCUCGGGCGCAGCUUGCCAUUUUAAAAAUUUUCAAUUUUUGUAAAUUCAAAUAUUUAAUUAUUUUCGCUUGCAGAUGCUCAACUUGCCAUGCGAAAAGGUGCUACAUGAUGCAUUUUUGACGGGUGUUUUGAACCUGAAUCAACGUCAGCUGAAAGAAUUUCCGACGGAUGCCCUCGCCGGUAAUGACAUCAGUGAUCUCAUCAAAGCAGGUAUGUAGAGCACAAAAAAAGGUCUCAAAGGCACUUUUAAAAACUUAGGAAGCGUUUAUACUACUUUUAGAACGUUAUUUUAUCAUAAAAACAGGUUGUUGCAGAAUGCCAAAAUUGGCGGGAAAUUUUAAAUUUAAAUUUUUAUCGUUUCAGACAUAAGCUCAAACUGUAUUUCUCAACUGCCCAUUACAAUAUGCGAGUUACGGUCGCUGGAAACCCUCGAAUUUCGCUCAAAUGCCCUCCGGACAAUUCCGCCAGCCAUUUCGUCGAUGGUCUCCCUAACCUACCUGGAUCUCAGCGAUAACCACUUGACUGAACUGCCAGAUGCCCUGUUCACACUGCCUCUCAGAGUACUAUUGUUAUCGCGGAAUCGACUUCAGACGUUAUCAGUGGAGAUUCGACAUUUGGCCCCCACAAUCGAGGAGAUUGACUUGUCGGCCAACAAAAUCCGGGUACUUCCAAACGGUUUAUCAGCCCUGACCGAGCUCAGAGUCCUGAACUUGCGCGGUAAUCAGCUCAAAGAUCUCCCUGCCGGUGUGUUUUUGGCUGUUUUGAGCUUUGUGCCUUAGGCUUUGAAAUUUUAUAAAUUUUUUCAAUUUUUUUUUUUAAUUUUCAAACAUUUUUUUUUAAUUUUAAUUUUUUUUUAUGAUUUUAAAAUUAUUUUAAGACAUUGGAACGAUGAGUUUGAAGUCCCUAGACCUUGCCAAUAACAUGCUUAUUCGACUACCAGCCGAACUGUAUCGACUUGGAGGAUGUGUUGAGUUCAAUGUGGAUGGAAAUCCAUUAAUUGAACCUCCAAUGAAUGUGGUUCGGAGGGUAGGUUGGGGUUUUUAGAGGGCAAUUUGCUUUUUAAGUUAAUGUUUUUGUGAAAUUCAUGAUUUUAUGUCGAAAAGUUUAGAAUUUGUGAAAGAAUUUAUGUUUUUUAUACAAUUUUUUCAAGUUUUUGGAUUUUUAGGGCUUGAAUAGUGAAAUAUUGAAGACACUUAUUGUCUAAAGUUGAGAAGAAUCUUAUAAACGAAGAAAAAUUUCAGCCGAUGAAAAAUUUUUUCAGGGCCGAGCUCACAUUUUCAAAUGGCUCUCAACGAAAAUGGAUGAAACCCGGCCAAAUCAUGGCCUCAUGGAGAAGAUGUUGAAUGGUGAUCAUGCCCUAACGGCUAGCUGUGCUGCCUUCGGACUGCCGAAUUCGUAUGGCAUGGAUUUCAGCCGCGCCAACACGCUGAACGCCACCAUCCGGCGCUCCGAUCGAGGAAGGUGCGGCAAAGAAAAUUUUGUUAAUUCCGCCUCUCUCCUCUCACGUCUGCAGGAACUUUUUGUCAAAACUAACAGCCCUAGGGACGCUUCGGAGCACGAGCCGUCUGAUUUGUCUUCUGAGAUUUCCGACCGGUCGGAACUCAUCGAUCUUUUGAGGUCUCAAAUUUUUGAUGUCUGUGGCAAAAAUCAGGUAGAAAGUGACGAAAUAAUGGGUAGAGAACCGUUAGAUCUGGCUGAUAAGAUGUCAAUAGACUCUGGCUGUCGUAGUAUGAACAUGUCUUGCUCAUCAGACGCCGAUGCCAAGCACACGGCACCAUUAGAUCCACCGCAAUAUUCGACUGGAUUUCUGACGGAAUCUUUUUUUAAUUUUUGCUCUAGGCCAAAUAUUCCGAAAAGUUUCUCGUGCGCUAGCUUGCAAGACCUUAAUCUGAAUAUUCAACCCUCCUACGUACCUUAUAUUCCGAAUGUGGUACUAAAUUUCCGUGAUAACACCAUUAACCUGGACCUUGUUUUGGUAACCCUACUUGUUAUUGCUCUGAUCUUGUUGCCUGGGGUUCUUUGGGAAUUUGUGAGGUCCGGAAAGGUCCUAAAGGUUGUUACUAGCUAUCCACUUGGUCUGCUUAGGAUUUUAUAUUGGUUUAAUGAGGUGUUCUUUGCAAUCCUCGAAUUUUUGGUGUAGACCUUGGAAAAAUGGGUUAUUCUUUGAUUUUAAAGUAAUUUUCUAUGGGUAUUUUGUUCUCAAAAUUUUCAUCAGACUGUAAAGUCUCUGUUCUGCCAGUUUUCAGCCAUUUGAGAAUUUGAAUUGCCAAAUUUCCGCCAUUUUUAUCACUCGCCGAUGUCUCUUUGGCAUUCCGUUGCAUCCUCAUUUAUCGUCGGAAAAUAGGUGUCCGCCAUCAUUUUACGUUGGCUUCUGGUCGUUCUAGGUGCUUGACUUCCACAUUCGUCGCCAAAUCUUUGUUUCUUCGCUUCAAAGAUCUCUAAAACAAAAUCCCGAUAUCUCCACUCGAAUUUGAUUGUUAAUUGACAUGAAACAGAUAUAAAAAUGAAGGAAAUUCAUUGAAUUAUGAGUUGAUUGUUCGAUUUCACGGUUUUGUGACGUUCGUAACGCUUUUUGUGUUGUUUUAGGUUGUGAGAGGUGUUGUUGUCCCAAUUUUUGAUUGUUUGUGUGGAUUUACCCUGAUGUCUGUGUGUGUUGGGAUUUUUUAGGACACUAGAUGCAUUUACUUGAAGUUUAACAUCAUUUUUUAUUCUUUUUUGGGCAAUUUUUUACGAAAAAUCUUUUUUUCUUACCAAAAAUCCCGUUUUUCUCCAAAAAAUCGCUUAUAACUCAUAGCGAGGCAGUUUUUCCCGCUUGUCUUUCUCUUCCAUUAUCGCCGGUCGUAUUGUGACUUCAUUCUCGGUUCGCAUUCUUGUCGUUCGAUCUGUAAUAUCCGCCCAUUUCCCGAAUAUUCGCCGAAAACCCAGCAGUUUUAACCAAAUUCUUGAAUUUUCCCGCUAUGGGCGCUUAUUGCAAGAAAUUUUGUUUCCAGUUUUCGCUUUCUUACCCUUUGGUUCUAAUUAUCGUUUAUUUUUGGUUCAGUACGCAAAGAAACAUCGACCAAAAGCGAAUCGAACGCCGUUCCAGAUCCACUCGACUCACCACGACCGUCCGAUGCGGACCCUUCAACGGCACGGAUUCCGGCUACAUAUCGACUGGGGACGAUCUUCGCGAACAGUUGGAGGUAAAAAUUGGAAAAUUGAAUGAUGCUUCCGUUAAAAUUUAUAUUAUAGUAGGCACUAACCUAGAUUUGAUGGUUGUAAAGCUGUAUAGAAUAGAAGAAUAUUAUGUUUGCAGAAAAUUUAAAGCUAGUUGUGCGUAUUUUCAAAUGAAUCUCGGACAUUUUUCAGUCGAUCAAUUUGGGGUUGUCUGAACUGAACGCCAGCACUCGGACCUUGUGUUAUGUUGAUGAAACGGAUGUGAACUCGAAUGACACCUCCGUACAUGGCGGUGAUUUGGCCAAGGAGAUUAUGAAAACUUAUGAGCAAAAUAUGGUAAGCUUUUUGGCUUUUUUGUUUUGAAUUUUAGGUGCCUUAUAAGGAUCGCAAGGUUGUAAUUGACAGUUAGCAUCUCUGAAUACAUUUUUUUUAAAUCUACGUUGGAUUUUUGGUAAAAUUUCUGCCGUUUAAGGUCGGUUCCAUCAACAACAUCUACAGUUCAAGUAAACCCCCAACACACUCGGCUAGCCUCAUGGACCUGAGCAACAACAACCUCACGAAGCCAGCUCACAUCAAACCACGCCCGACAAACGUAGUUCCACCCCUCAGCAGGGAUAAAUCACACAAUGGAAUCAGUUCCACGACAUUGAACACGGUCCUAUCUCCAGUUGAAGAAACCACCGAAAAAUCGGCGGAAAGUAAGCGGUUAAGGUGGCUUCCGAAUCCUCCAGGAUCAUUGUUUCUGAGUUUUUGCUUAGGCUUUGCUAGCUGGCUGCUUCAAUAGGUUCUGAGACUUUUUUGUUUUACCAUGGAUAACAUAAUUUUUUUAAAUUUUGAAAGAAUUAUUGUCUUGGAUAUAAAAAGAAUAAUUGUAAAUAGUAAGAAAUGGUUUUUCAGUUACCACGAAGCCGCCGACACUUCAUUUGCACAAGAAUAUUACUGCAAACGGCAACGCCGACCCCGCCAAGACCUCCUCUACGACUCCGGACGCCCAUUCCACCGUCCCGAAGCCAAACAGCGCUCCGUCUCGUCCCACGGACUCCGCCACGAAAGCCUCGAGAAACGGAACGGCCAAGGAAAAUGGAACCAUCGCGCAGAAUGGCCAAGAAAAGGUAAGAUUUAUAUUGUUUUUGUUGGAUUUUAGGCAACCGUUCAAAAAUUUGACUGUAAAAAGCUCAAUUUUGAUGUUUUCAGCCGAAGAUUGGAAACGUAAGAGCUCCAGUCCGCUCCGGAUCUACCUCAACGGGCACGAAGCUCCCAUCGAGUCGGCCAUCCACCCUAUCGACGGCUUCGCGAAGCCGGAUGGGCUCCAGCGUUAACGUCUCACAACUCUCGAAUGGAACGAAACCGGCGAGCACAACGUCCACAACUUCCUCUAGGAUCUCAUCACGGUCUUCCUCGACCAUGUCGUUGGCUCCGACCAAAAGGGAAGCCGUAAAAGUUGUGAGAAAAACGACGGCACCGAGAGGAGCAAAAGUUCAACCGGUUGGAUCAAAAGUUGGAGUCAAAACGGUGAGUUUUUCAUGUUAUAAGAGGCUGUGGAGAUUGGAGAGAUUUUUUGGAGGGAGUCGAGAUUUAUGAGGACCUUUUUUAAGAACUUUGGACCUUAUUUUAGAUUAAAAUGGAGGUCUUUUGGGAAAAAUUGUAAGAUUCUUGAUUUUUUGGAUUUUUCGAUUGCGAUCAUGGUGAAAUACGUAGAAGAGAUUAUCUAGUUUGUCUAUGUGAAAUUUUAGAGAAUUUGGAAUAUUUUGGGACGUAUUUUAGACAAAAUUUUUCAAUUAUAACCCAAAAAUUUUUUAGGUUUUGAUUUUUCAUUAAAUUAUUGCCGAUUUUUAGAUCCCAACUGACUCCCCAGACUCUGCGAAGGACGUUAAUGCCAACAAUGCGAAACCUCCAUUCCAAAAAGCUCAGAGUAUGGACAGAAGUACGAUUUCAAUACCAAAAACAACUACAACAAGAUCGAAAACUGCCCUCCCAACAAAACUCAGCCAAUCUGUGAUGAGCCUGAACGGAAAUUCGAGCACAAAAACCAUCACUUCAGUUGAUCUCAUGCGAAAAACAAUUCAAAAGCACUUGGAAACAGAGAAAUUGGAAAUUCAAAAGGAAAAAUUGGCAAAUCAACUGGCCGAUGGUGUAAUUCUAUGUAAUUUUGUGAAUGUCUUGUUCCCAAAAAGUGUCCCAACGGUGGCCAAAGCUGUAGGAAGCUUGGUAAGAAAUUUUGAGAAGGUUUGAAGGGUUUUCGAGAAGUUUUUUAAUGGUGAUAUCAAAAAAAUUCAGAUUUUUUUGAUUUUUAAUGUCUGAUGAUAAAAUAUGUUGAUAUUUUGGUUGCAGACGGUCGCCCCAACCCGUGCUAGACGGAACAUUGAGAAUUUCAUCACCAUCGCCAGAAGUCAAGGAGUUUCCGAGGUAAAUUUUUUAAUUUUGAAGCAGAGGUUAUGUUGUGGUAGAGAAAAUGCAGAAUUUUCGUCGGCUGGGUGAUAAAAAAAGUUUUGAUGGGUUGAUUAUUUAAUUUUGAGUCAGAUGAGGGAGUAUUUUGUUGAUUAUGAGGCAUAAUGUUUAUGUAAAACAACAAAUUUAUAUUAUGAUAGAUUUGGAAAUGAUUGAAAAAGAGGCAAAAUGUCUUACAAAUAGAUGACUGGCAUAGUAAAGGCCGGAUUAAGCCGUUGCAAUGGAUUUGUUGCGUUAUUUUUUAUAGAAAAAAUGAUACGUCCAAAAGUUAUGGAAGGAUCAGUUUGGGGGUAAUAUUACCCGAUUUGACAUCUUUAUAAUGGGCUUAAAUGAUGCAAGAUGGCUAAAGAGAUAAUUAUGAGACUAAAAGAGUCAUUCAAAUAAUGGAAAUUAAGAAAAAAUUAAAAUUUUCUAGCAAUUUUACCUAGUGUAAUAUAAAAUUUUUACAAAAUUUGAGUUUGAUCUCAAGUAAAAGAUAAAAGUGACAGCAAAUAUUUACAGACUUCUCUGUGCACGGUGACCGACAUCCUCGAACGAAAAAAUCUCCAAAAUACGGCGAAAACGGUGCUGGCUCUAGCGAAAUUGGUCGAGAAAAACGUGUAA